CCACUUUUUUUAUUUAUCGAAUUUAUUUUUGGAACUGCGAGCAAUACUGUCUAUGAUAUUGCGUAACUUUUUUUUGUUUCGAAAUUCAAAAUGUCAAUGUCAAUACAAUAUAUACAAUAUCUAUUUUUUUAUUUUUCUGCGUAACUAUAACGUUUCUUUACACACGUUGUUGUUUAAUUUAUUUUUAUUUAAUUACGCAACAUUAUUGCUCGCAGUAAACUCACUUCUUUUACUAUCAAUAUUAACAUACUUUUAGUGUUAUUUUCCUCAGAUAAUGAUGAUAUCUACGAGUCACACUCGUAGAGCUUGUGCGGGAUCAGAACCAGCUCCAACAUGGCGUAUAUUUGAGCCCAAGCAAGCGUCAAUGAGUAACAAAAUAUGGCCGCUACCACAAUGGAUAGAAAUGGCGGCAAAAGGGAUAACGUGAUAGCAACACUGGACGAAGCUAUGCUGUUAUCAGGAAUCGGUGUCUAUAACAUAUUACACAUGUUGAUGUCUGGUCUAAUGCUAAUGGGUAUGAUCAUGCAGUGCCUCGUACUAGGCUACGUCAUACCAGCCGCACAAUGUGACUUGGAACUUACCACGAAACAGAAGGGAUGGCUUUCUGCUUUGCCGUUUACAGCUAUAAUAAUAACGUCAUAUUUCUGGGGUUGGCUGGCUGACACAAAAGGCAGAAGACCAACCAUGCUGGUUGCUAUGCUCACGUCUACUAUUAUAUCAGUCUUUUCCAGUUUUUCGCCAAAUCUUAUAACUUUGGCCGUUUUGCAAUUCAUUUCUGCUAUUUUUAUGACGGGACCCUCUGCCGUAGUUUACACGUAUCUUGGUGAAUUCAACAAUCUACGUCACAGGGAUAAGAUGGUUACAUUCGGAUCAUCUUUCAUUGGGAUUGGCACAGUUGUCCUGCCAUGUCUCGCCUGGCUGAUUCUUCCUCAAGAAUUUUCCUACGAUAUCUCCUUCUUAGACAUCUCCUAUAGUCCUUGGCGUUUACUCAUAGUGGCUUGCACAAUACCAUUCACCAUAGCCACUGUACUUCUGUUUUUUGCACCAGAAAGUCCCAAAUUCUUAUAUGCUAAUGGCCGACAAGAUGAGGCUUUGGAUGUUGUGAAGAUAAUCUAUGCUUGGAACAGUAAAAUGUCUAAGGAUAGCUUUACAGUAAAGUCCCUGAUAGUAGAAAGUCAAGUUACAAAGUUGAACAACGGGAGAGGCAUAACCGCUAUCCUUGCUUCAAUGAAGGAACAAACUUUACCAAUCUUCAGACUGCCGCUGUUACCGUGGAUCUGUCUCACCUGCUUUGUGCAGUUUGGGAUAUUUGCUGCCACAAAUGGCUUCUACAUUUGGUUCCCAACGAUUCUCAACUCUUUGGCUAGCCAGGAUAGUAUCCACAUGAAGAUCUGUGACGUCAUUGAUAUGACACGAAGCAAGGCCGCUGCCGAUGCUCUAAAUAGUACAUCGAUAAUAUGCGACGAUACAAUCUACACAUCCACCUUCGAGCGAUCCAUCUACGUUGGCCUAGUCUUCUGCUCCAUGUACAUCAUCGUAGGAGUCCUAGUAGACUACGUAGGAAAGAAGCCCAUCCUAGUAGUAACACUAACUAUCACAGGAUUGUGUGGUGUUGGUGCUAAUCUGGCGUAUAACCAGCAUAUAGCCGUGGUGCUGUUUGCUAUCUUCCAAAUGUCUGGCGCUUGUAUUGGUCUCAUGAAUGCUGUUGCUGUGGAGAUUUUUCCUACUAAGUAUAGGGCCAUGGCGGUUUGCCUGUCAAUGAUGUUGGGACGUACUGGCUCAAUGGUCGGAUCCAACCUGAUUGGCUUGUUCUUGGACAUCAAUUGCGGAGCUGGCUUUUACCUCUUUGGAAGUCUUCUUGUUGUCGAUGGCUUGAUUUGUCUGACACUACCAAAUAGGAAGAAAGAGGCACCCAAACCUGGUGAAACACAAGAACCUUAGUCUACAAAAAUAAGAUUUUGAGACAAAGAAAAUGAUAGAGGGGGUCAUUGAAGGACCGGACGACUAUGGAGAAAUUUUGAGACCGCUUAUUGAAAAUUACGGAUUUUGGCACAAACGGCUUACAGAUUCUAAUGAUGGAGUUGAUGACGUAAAUGAGGUUUUCGAACAAACGACUUAUGUAUUCUAGUGAUGAUGAUGAUGAUGACGUAAAUUAGGUAGUUCCCCCCUCCCUACCUAUGUCAUAGAAUGUCAUUGCAUUUUGAUAUAAUCACAACUACAAGAUAUGCUUGUGAAAUAUGUUGCAACGAGAUUUAUUAACUGUAAGAAAUAAGCCUUACUGUGAAAAUGCUUGAAAUGUUUUUACUGUGUAAGACGACGUAAU